AAGACACUUUGGUUGUGACUGUGACAGCGCAGUAGGCGGGAUUUCACCUCAAACCAGAGGAGAGAGUCUAGUCUUCGGUGAGACUGAGGGGGAGUUAAUGAGAGAGGGACCUGGGUUGCUCUUCGGAGUGGAAUCUGCAUACAUGGUGACCUCUGGUUCUAUGGGACUCAGUUCUCCAAGGGAAAUGGCUUGUUUUGUAAUAUUCCUACUCUACCACCUGCUAUAUGACUCCAGCUGCCUGUGAAGAGCCUGUCACUUGUUUAUGGGAACUAUAAGUGUGUUUGUUCUCCAAAGGAUUUAACUCCCCCCCUCCCCCCCAAGACUACACUUUUCUAUUUGACCCCACUGGCGAGUCAAAGCAGCAGUGCUUUGUAUAGGACUGGGCACCAAUAAGACCAUGGCAAACAACUCGUACAGUGGGGUAAAGAACUCCUUGGUGGAGGCCAACCACGAUGCAGAAUUUGGCUGCACCCUUAAAGAACUGCGCUCCUUAAUGGAGCUGAGAGGCGCUGAAGCAAUUAGCAAACUUGGAGAAUCUUAUGGGGAUACUCAAGGACUUUGCAAUCGUUUAAAAACAUCACCUGCCGAUGGUCUCAGUGGACAACCUGCUGAUCUUGAGAAGAGGAAAACAACGUUUGGGGAAAAUUUAAUACCUCCCAAAAAGCCUAAAACUUUCUUACAAUUAGUAUGGGAGGCACUACAGGAUGUCACGCUAAUCAUCUUAGAAGUGGCAGCUAUAGUUUCACUAGGUCUUUCUUUUUAUAGACCACCAGAAGCUGAAAGAGAGAACUGUGGAAAAGCGGCUGGUGGGGUGGAGGAUGAGCACGAAUCUGAAGCAGGCUGGAUUGAGGGUGCUGCAAUUCUUCUGUCAGUUAUCUGUGUAGUGCUGGUGACAGCUUUCAAUGACUGGAGCAAAGAGAAACAGUUUAGGGGGCUCCAGAGUCGCAUCGAGCAGGAACAGAAGUUUACUGUUGUGCGUGGAGGACAAGUUAUCCAAAUUCCUGUGGCUGAAAUUGUGGUUGGGGAUGUUGCACAAAUAAAAUAUGGUGAUCUCUUACCAGCUGAUGGCGUUCUCAUCCAAGGCAAUGAUCUCAAGAUUGAUGAGAGCUCCUUAACAGGGGAAUCAGAUCAUGUUAAAAAGACACAAGAAAAAGAUCCAAUGCUUUUAUCAGGCACCCAUGUAAUGGAAGGCUCAGGGAAAAUGGUGGUCACUGCUGUGGGUGUCAACUCACAAACUGGAAUUAUAUUUACUUUACUUGGGGCUAAUGAAGAUGAAGACGAAGAUGAAGAUGAAAAGAAAAAGGAAAAGGAGGAAAAGAAAAAACAGAGAAAAAGCAAGAAGCAGGAUGGAUCUCUGGAAAACCGAAAGAAAGCUAAAGCACACGACGGCGCUGCAAUGGAAAUGCAGCCACUGAACAGUGAUGAGGGAGCAGACGCUGAAGAAAAAAAGAAAUCCAAUCUGCCAAAGAAGGAAAAGUCUGUUCUCCAAGGAAAACUAACCAAACUAGCCGUACAGAUUGGAAAAGCAGGUCUGGUCAUGUCUGCCAUCACUGUCAUUAUCCUUGUGGUACUGUUUGUAGUAGACACCUUCUGGAUCCAGAAUCUGUACUGGGUCAAGGAAUGCACACCGAUCUACAUUCAGUUCUUUGUGAAAUUCUUCAUUAUUGGUGUCACUGUUCUGGUGGUGGCUGUUCCUGAAGGCCUGCCACUCGCUGUAACAAUCUCCCUGGCAUACUCAGUGAAGAAAAUGAUGAAGGAUAACAACCUUGUCCGCCACUUGGAUGCUUGUGAAACUAUGGGCAAUGCAACAGCUAUCUGUUCGGACAAAACUGGUACCCUCACUAUGAACCGCAUGACUGUGGUACAAGCCUACAUAGCUGAGAAACACUACAAAAAGGUUCCCGAGGCUGAAAACAUCCCUUCAAACGCUUUAGAGCUCCUGAUUCUGGGCAUUGCAGUUAAUUGUGCUUACACCUCUAAAAUCAUGUCUCCAGAGAAGGAAGGAGGCCUGCCCCGACAAGUUGGUAACAAGACCGAAUGUGCCUUGCUUGGUUUUUGUAACGACUUGAAACGCGACUACCAGACGAUUCGCAAUGAGAUACCUGAAGAGAAGUUGUACAAAGUCUACACCUUCAACUCUGUGCGCAAAUCAAUGAGCACUGUGUUGAAGAUGGCCGAUGGCAGCUUUAGGAUGUUUAGUAAGGGAGCCUCAGAGAUUCUCCUAAAAAAGUGCUAUAAAAUCCUUACAGCGAAUGGUGAGCCAAAGGUGUUCCGCCCACGGGACAGAGAUGAUGUGGUUAAAAAAGUGAUCGAGCCUAUGGCUUCAGAAGGUCUGAGGACCAUCUGCCUUGGUUAUAGAGAUUUUCCAGCCACAGAGGGCGAACCCGAUUGGGAUAAUGAAAAUGACAUUCUUAGUGGACUGACCUGCAUCUCUGUGGUGGGCAUAGAGGACCCUGUAAGACCAGAGGUUCCAGAUGCGAUUAAAAAAUGUCAGCGUGCCGGCAUCACUGUACGCAUGGUGACUGGGGACAACAUUAACACAGCUCGAGCCAUCGCCACCAAAUGCGGCAUCCUCCUGCCUGGCGAUGACUUUAUAUGUCUGGAGGGAAAAGAGUUCAAUCGCCGGAUACGCAACGAAAAAGGAGAGAUUGAACAAGAACGCAUCGACAAAAUCUGGCCCAAGCUACGAGUACUAGCUCGCUCUUCUCCAACAGAUAAACACACCUUAGUAAAAGGUAUUAUUGACAGCACAGUAGCAGAACAAAGACAAGUAGUGGCGGUGACGGGAGACGGCACUAAUGAUGGUCCUGCUUUGAAGAAAGCAGAUGUUGGCUUUGCUAUGGGUAUUGCGGGAACAGAUGUCGCCAAGGAGGCAUCCGACAUCAUUCUGACUGAUGACAACUUUUCCAGCAUUGUCAAAGCAGUCAUGUGGGGACGAAACGUUUACGACAGCAUCUCAAAAUUCCUCCAAUUUCAGCUCACUGUCAAUGUGGUGGCUGUCAUUGUAGCAUUUACUGGAGCCUGCAUCACACAGGACUCUCCUCUGAAGGCUGUGCAGAUGUUGUGGGUCAACCUCAUUAUGGACACAUUUGCUUCAUUAGCUUUGGCCACAGAGCCCCCUACAGAAUCCCUGCUGCUAAGGAGGCCAUAUGGGCGCAACAAGCCUCUUAUCUCUCGCACUAUGAUGAAAAACAUCCUAGGUCAUGGAGUGUACCAGCUAAUCAUCAUUUUUUCCCUUCUGUUUGCUGGAGAGCAGUUGUUUGAUAUUGACAAUGGGAGGAAUGCGCCUCUCAACGCCCCUCCCUCUGAACACUACACCAUUGUCUUCAACACCUUUGUACUGAUGCAGCUUUUCAAUGAAAUCAACGCCCGCAAGAUCCACGGGGAAAGGAACGUCUUCGACGGCAUCUUCAACAACCUUAUUUUUUGCAGCAUAGUUUUUGGUACCUUUGUUAUUCAGAUUGUUAUAGUGCAGUUUGGGGGGAAGCCUUUCAGCUGUGUGGCUCUGACCAUUGACCAGUGGCUUUGGUGCACCUUCUUUGGCUUUAGUUCACUGCUGUGGGGACAGGUCAUCUCCUCGAUACCCACCAGCCGCUUAAAAUUCCUGAAAACAGCAGGCCAUGGCACCCAGAAAGAAGAGAUCCCCGACGAAGAGCUGGACGAACUGGAUGACAUGGAGGAAAUUGACCACGCAGAGCGCGAACUUCGCAGAGGCCAGAUCCUCUGGUUCCGAGGCCUAAACCGCAUCCAGACUCAGAUGGAUGUAGUGAGUGCGUUCCAGAGUGGAACUUCCUUUCAGGGGGCUCUAAGGCGGCAGGCCUCCAACUCCAGCCAACAACAGCACGAUAUCCGGGUGGUGAAAGCAUUCCGCAGCUCCAUCUCCCUCUAUGAGGGUCUGGAGAAGCCCGAGUCCCGAACAUCCAUCCACAACUUCAUGACUCACCCGGAGUUCCGGAUAGAGGAUUCUGAGCCCCAUAUUCCCCUCAUCGACGACACGGAUGCCGAGGACGACGCGCCCACCAAGCGCAAUUCGGCCAGUCCCCGGAACACCACACCCACGCCGCCCUCACCAUUGCCCUCACCCGCCACCACCGAGGCCCCCACCACACCCGUCUCUCCGUCCCCAAACAUGAACAAUAACGCUGUUGAGAGCAGCAAUCAUCUCCUCCCAGAGGGCCCCAAGCCAGGGACCCCCUCGGCUCCUGGAAGUCCGCUACACAGCCUAGAGACCUCUCUUUGAUCCAACCCAGCUCCAGGCGUCUGCACCUCUUUUCUACCCACAACACCAAGGAGCUCAGCUCAGACUCGACAAACCAACACUUGGAGAAGAGACGAAGGGCUCAGACUGAGAGCGGAGUCUUCUGUGAGCUUGGCGUAGGCUGGAAUGAAAGAAAAUUAAACAUUCAGAGGAAUGUACGGCUUGGUGUGGAUUCUUUGGUCCUCUUUUUUGUUUUUUUGUUCUCAGUACCCUGCUGCAACACGAGGACUGUCUUCACCCCUCCCCUCCUUGGUAACACUUGUUUUUCUGGGCAACAGGGGGUGAUGAUAAACUUGGAUUGAAAGUGACCUGUUUUUAUUCUAUUAUUAUUGCUACUAUUUAAAUUGAGAAGGGGAGAUGCUCCUCCUGGCUCGAAGAUCGUCUGUACGUUUAUGAAAGAACCUUUAGCUUCUCUUUUAUCUAAAUGGUGUUGUAUAUUUAUCUCUUUGGCCCUUGCUCAUUCAAAACUUUAUAUCUGCUCCACCGGCUGUUAAUAUUUUGAAUUAUUUAUGUUUUUUGGAAAAAAGCAGGUCUGUUUACAAAGUUUGUAGAUACUUUUUUUUUUUUUUUUUUUUCUGUUGGUAGGCAGAAGAGCUUCCUGAUGUAUAAUGCAGAAAACUGAGACGGAGAAAAAUGAGAGGAUUCUUUCAGAUACUGCUGUAUUUUCAGGAAAAAAGGGUGUUUCUAUUGAAACUUAACUAUUUUUGCCUGCAAGUUUUAUUUGUUAAAUAUUUGUAGAUAAAAUAUAGAACCUUCUAGCCAAACAGAAACACUAAGGCUAGUAUAGAAGAGAGGUCCACGGGACGAGGUGUUUUCACAGGAGACGGGACAGGAAAGCCACCAAAGGCCUCUGUUCACCAACAUUGCUAUAAAUAGUUACUUCUUCCUUUGAUAUUUUCAUCUUCAGAGAAACCUUCUGGAGUUCUGGAUUCUCUAUUAUUUAUGUCGUGUCCAACAAUUUCCACAUGUUAAAAAGGUGAUUUAAAAGGGAGUUUGGGAAAUAUCUGGCCUGUAUUUAACAAGCAUCUUGAGCUUGAAAGCUUGUGGGGAAGCAAAACGCAGACGUGAGGUUCUUGUGAAUUCUGCUUUUAUCAGUGAAAGGUUAUUUAAGAUUUGCAGAGCUUACAAGUAUGGACCUUCUGUGAUCUGAUUUGAAGGAUGCAAAUCCUUUUUUUUGUUUAUUUAUUUUUUGUUUAAACCAGCUUGUUUAAACCAGCUUUUGAGCCACUUCUGCUGAUUGAUUUCCCCGCAAGAUGUUCAUAAAGACUAAACAUGAAUGUGCCUUGGCAACAACAGUGAUUUAGAUUCUUGCAAUUCCUGUAUUCACCUUCCAAAAGCUCCUCGCAGAUGAAUGGCGCUUGAUUCUACAGGUGAAAACAGGACCAAACCGCUUUAUUUACAACAUUUUGGUUGGGUUAGAAGUCAACUCUCCUUCAGAUGCUUGGUAAAUAUGGAUCUAGUCUUUUUUUGUUUGUUUUAACUAACCAUUAAACCUAAUUUAUUUAAAGAAAUCUACAAAAAAAAAAAAACAACCCAACCUCCUUAUUUCUGACUUUGUAUUUAGGUAGCAAAACAUUGUUUUUGGGAAAAUACAACUGAAGUGUUUUUAUAUUUUCACCUUUGAUUUGUGGCUUUAACAAAAAGUUUGACACACUUUAAAGUUCUGGUUUGUUGCCGUUUUUGAACAUCCAAAAACCCAGAAGAGAGGGACUUUUAUUUUUUAAAGCCUGUCCACAAGAGCCCUUUCACAAUAAAUGUCUCUGCAUUUGGUUUGUGAUAUACUUUUGAAAUCUGAUGUACUGGAAAACACUAAAGGAUUGGACACUUGCAUUUUUCACAAAUAAAGACUAGGCAUACACUGGUAUCUAUCUGCACAGGGUACUUUAUUUCGUAAUGUCUCCUGGGAGAAAAAAAAAGAAUUUUGAUACAAAUCUUAAAAUUAUAACUUUGUACUUUUUUGACGACGUACAUAAGCAGUUUGAACUAUUUAGGAUAUGAGGGAGGGUUUUGGCCACUAAAAUGUGUUUUGUUCUGGAAUAUUUAUCUCAGGGUGCAAAUGAUGCGAAACAACAGGCCUCUUUUAGUCUGCAUAUUGACACUGAAAUUUAAGAAGGUGCUGGCCCGCCACGACCUGAGGCUGCUGGCUGUAAACCCCCCUGCAGCCUCACCCGAAGGGCCACGUUCAGAGGAAGCAGUGAAAAUGCUCAGUCAUAACUUUUUCAGUUUGUUUUCCUUGUUUUACAGGUGACAAAACAGCCUACAGAGUGAGACAAUUGAAUCAAUGACAGGUUUCCAUAUGAGGAGUUUGUUCUGUAGCUUCUUCCUGUAAUGGGAAUGAAUGUUUUUCCAUCUGUUUUAUGGAUUAUUUUUUUAUCUUUUAACAUUUGGAAAUAAAAUUAAUCCAUGUCUGUUUAUCUCUAGCAUUUUAAAUGGAUAUCGUGAUUGGAUUUACAUUUGAAACUUGUCGAGUAAUGUGUAUGGUUUUUAAAAAUAAAAUAUGUAUUUAGCCUAAA